UUGACGCACUUCUCCACAAGCGCCUUUUGGAACAUGAAGAUGAAAAGACAUGUUUUUGGCUGUUGUUUAUUAGGCUUGGUAGCCAUUGUCUCGGUGUUUGCAGAUAAUGACGACGAUAACUCAGAUAACUCCAUAGAAAGUGACUCCAAUGGCCGCUCAAAUGCACCCUCCCCGGGUCCAUGGUUCGACCGAAUCUUAGGUCUCAUACAUUCUAAGAACUUCCAAGGUGCCUACAAGACGUAUAUGGAUAACAUGAAUCAGCCAGAAUCCGCUGACAUUUCAACCGGUGAAUUAGCAAGGCGUGACUUUGCCCCUGGCCCCGUGAGUAAGGUUUUCGUGAAAGAGUCCCGAGGUAAACGCCACCAUCGCCAUCAUCAUCCUCAUCAUGAUCAUCAUCAUCAUCAUCAACAACGUCACCAUGAUCAGAAGAGUAGUAAAAAGGCGAGGAAAUGGUUGAACGUGAAAGUUGUAAAUCAAGUAGGUACACGAGUCAAAAUAAAGGCCGACAAGAUCCUACCGAGCGCCGUACUGAGCAGCGGAGAAAUCUUUGUCUACCAUCAGCUCUUGAACGAGACUGACCGAAAGGCUACGAUCACUCUGAAGGCUGUCGACGAGUAUACAGAUAAGCCGCUGAUCAUCAACGGAGACCAAAAGUUCUACGUCACGCCAACUACUUAUGAUGACACACAAGAGGCGUACGUGUCACGCGAAGACUCAAGGAGUGGUAUCCUGCAUGGAAGACACGGCCACAUUGUCAAGAGUCAAGGGGCGGGUAACAGAUGGUUCUACGUAAAGCUCAUAAACCACGCCGGCGGCCACGUGAGAGUCAGUCCGGAUCAGAUUCUCCCGGCCACCACAUUGGAUGUGGAUGAAUCUCAAGUAGAGUACGCUCGCCUGGAGCCUGGGGAUGAGUACAAGAGAAUCGUCCUGAGAGCUGUGGAUGUUAAGAAUGAUGAGCCACUGAAGUUAAACGGGGAAUUUACGCUGGCUCUGAGGCCUGAUGAUGCGGGCGAUGUUGCAAGGGUGAAGAUGACACGAGGAGACGUCAUUUAUGCGAAAUGCGAUAACUUUGUCCCAAUGGAUGGAGAAGGCAAGUUUGAAUACCAGAUCGCUACAGAUGAAACAAAAAGUUGGUUUGACUCUGUCAGAGCCUGCAAGCUUUGUAAUUCUGAACUGCUAAGUGUCCACACUAAAGAAGAAAACGAGUUUAUCACAAGACAACUGCGCAAGUCUUCUGAUGUAAACAAACUGUGGAUCGGAAUGUCCUACAAAGAGAAAGUAAGAAUGUGGUCCUGGAUUGACGGUUCCAGAUACAGAUACCAAAAUUGGAAGGAAGGCCAACAAUACGACGGCAAAGACGAACAGUGCGGUAUAAUGUACCAGCGGUAUGACUGGGGACGAUGGGAUGAUGACAACUGUUAUAAACCACUUGGCUUCAUCUGCAAAAGACAUCGAACAAAGGUUACCGAUCAGUUGAAAAGAAAAAACAAUUCGACAACAGCCAAGAGUGGGUGUCCAGACAUUUUGCCGGAGUGUCCCUCCCUGUGUAGUAUUGUUAAAAAUCCUGGAUCUUGUCCCCAGUGCGAUUGUGGACCCCUUGUCAAAGGUUAUGACACCAUGAGUUCCCAAGAGCAAGCCAAGGUGCGCAAGCUGUUCUCCGAAGCCAACCAUCAAGUGGCUGCAGCCAGACAGGCACGGAUCGAUGAGGCAGGAGCAAUGCGCCGGUCUAGGAUCAUGGAGGAAGCUGGACGGAUUAUGGCGGAGUCACACAAUCUUCAGCGGGUCGCAAUGAUGGAAGGAAUCCCAUUGAAUCUUCCCGCACUUGCACCAGUGCAUCGAAGAGAGAUGAUCCUGAAACCCGACGAAAGCGAAACCGAACUUAGUAAAACCAGGAGCCUUGCGCGUGAGAUUGCAAGUAUGAUCAACGGCAUCGAGAGCACUAAGAAAGAACAAAGAAGGAGUUAACUUGGUAGCCCUUACUGUGGAGCACUUCAUCAAGUUUUGUGUAGAACACAUGAUCAUACUAGGUUGAAUGGAUCCAGCAGCCUUUGAGGUCAAAGUAAUCAUUUUCUCUAGCUCCUGAGCAGUUUAAAUGCAGUUCCAGCGCGUAUGUGCACAGAAAAAACAAAACACGUCAUCGUUAAUUUAAGAAUCACGAUGGGACUUUUCUCCCUCAGUCAAAAAGUAGUGAGACAACAUUACUAGAACUCGUUGAAAAGAUCUUCUUCCCUCCUCCCCCCAUCCCUCCUUUAGAUCAGAAUCCCCACUUCAACCUCAAUACCCUCCACUUCCUCUUUCAUCUGCAUUUACCGCUUGACAUAAGAAUACCCGGUAUAGCGCCACCCAGCUUCUAUUUGGAGCACAAAACGGUUAGAAAGAAAGAAGAGUGCUCAAAGAAAAUAAGUUCCAUAUUAUUUAUGUUUCCUCGCUAUCAGUCUAAUAAAGCUGCCCUAGCUCCGGCGAAUUUAGAUCUAAAGAGAAUUUGUACUAGGGAUGAUGUAACUAAGAGUACAGGAAGAAAUCCUACGAAAAGAUAUGAAAAGACAUUUUGCUAGUGAGGAAGAAUUUGAUUCGUAUGGAAUUAAUAAACGCUUCAAAGGUUUUGUUUGU